AUGAAGAGUUUGCGAAGAGAUUUUUCUUCGAACCCUCAGGCUCAAAAUGUCACCAGCAAAGUCUUUGUGAGGUCCACGAAAAGUGGAAAGGUACAGAAGAUCGUGCGCGAGCUCUAUCUACGACAAGAUAUUCCAUGCUCAUCGAAGCUCUGCUCAUUAUGUCCCUCGAUUGCGCCAGCAGACGCAAAUGGAAACAUUACGCCUUUCGUUCUUUCCGACCAGCCGGCUGGCACAAAAGCCUUCCCUCGCGGCCACUACCUCGUCCCCGAUACAAAUGCGCUAUUGAAUGGAAUGGAUCUCUUUGAACACACCGGGGCAUUCUAUGACGUGGUUAUCCUUCAAACCGUUCUCGAAGAGCUGAAGAACCAAUCCUUACCGCUUUACAACCGUUUACUCGCCCUGAUCAAGACCGAUGAGAAGCGAUUCUACCUAUUUUUCAACGAAUUCCGAUUGGAGACGCACGUUCGACGGGGCCCAGAGGAAUCGAUUAAUGACAGAAAUGAUCGCGCAGUGCGAACCGUGGCCAAAUGGUAUACGGAGCAUCUCCGCGCUGCUGCUUUGAGAAAGGGAAAGAAGGAGAAAUCUCUACCAGCGAUUGUUGUCAUUACCGAUGAUAGGGGAAACUUACAAAAGGCGAAGGAAGAGGACGUGACCGCCUUGUCGCUGUCUGAUUAUGUCUCGGGCUUAGAGGAUGCGGAUAAGUUGCUUGAUAUGAUUAACGAAUCGAGAGAAGCCAAGGAUGUCAAGGGUGCUCGUGGGGAGCUCUUUUACCCAGAAUAUUAUGCCAUGUCGAAGCUUAUGACUGGUCUCCGGGCAGGCACUUUACACCAGGGUGUCUUCAACGUCUCGCCAUACAACUACUUGGAGGGUUCGGUCAACGUUGCCGCAUUCGAUAAGCCUCUUCUCAUUCUGGGUCGUGAUAACAGCAACAGAGCUAUCGCUGGGGAUGUUGUGGUGAUUGAAGUGCUUCCGAAAGAUCAAUGGAAAUCGCCCUCGACUAAAAUCAUUGACGAGGAAGCAGUCGCGAAAAAUGAUAACCCUGACGCUGAAGAUAACGAGGCUGUUGUGACGGAUCGGGAACGGAAAGCUCUCCAGGAGGAGGUCAAGAAGGCCCAUGGGAAGAGCACCGAGGGAAGGCCGCAGCCGACAGCAAAGGUGGUUGGUGUUGUUAAACGGAACUGGAGGCAAUACGUUGGAACUGUUGACUCGGGAUCGACAGGCUCGCAGGUCAACUCUGGCCGACGACAGCAAAAUGUGUUUGUCCUUCCUAUGGACAAGCGUGUCCCGAAGAUUAGGCUCCGGACUAGACAGGCUUCUGAUCUGCUGGGCCAGCGAAUUCUCAUCACAAUCGAUGCCUGGGAUAGAGACUCGAGAUAUCCGACUGGACACUUCGUUCGAUCCCUGGGAGAGCUAGAAACCAAGGGCGCGGAAACUGAAGCUCUGCUUCUUGAGUACGAUGUGCAGUACAAGCCAUUCCCUAAGACCGUUCUGGAUUGCCUUCCAUCAGAGGGACAUGACUGGAAGGUUCCAGCCAGUAAGGAGCAUUUGGGCUGGAAGGGACGAAGAGAUCUCCGAGAUCUUCUCAUUUGCAGCAUUGACCCUCCCGGUUGUCAAGAUAUUGACGACGCUCUCCACGCACGGCCUUUGCCCAAUGGUAACUUCGAAGUAGGUGUACACAUUGCAGAUGUGUCCCACUUUGUUAAACCGAAUAACGCGAUGGACCUUGAAGCAAGUCUCCGUGGAACCACAGUCUAUCUGGUUGACAAGCGUAUUGACAUGCUUCCGCAUUUGCUUGGAACAGACCUUUGCUCCCUUAAACCAUAUGUUGAGCGUUAUGCUUUCUCUGUUCUGUGGGAAAUGACGCCCAACGCCGAAGUUGUUUCUUCGGAUUUCACUAAAUCUGUGAUCCGGUCCCGUGAAGCUUUCAGCUACGAGCAGGCCCAAAAACGCAUCGACGACAAAUCCAAGGAUGAUGAGCUCACUCAGAGCAUGCGAACACUGCUACAUUUCUCUAAGAUCCUUCGUCAAAAGCGUAUGGAUGCAGGAGCAUUGAACCUUGCCUCGCCAGAAGUUCGGAUCGAAACCAACGAUGAAGUCGGAGACCCUCUGACGGAUGUUAAGACCAAGGCAAUGCUGGCGACCAACAGUCUCGUCGAGGAAUUCAUGCUUCACGCCAAUAUCACCGUUGCCGCAAAGAUCUACAGUACUUUCUCUCAAACUGCCCUUCUCCGACGACACGCCACUCCCCCACCGCAGAACUUUGAAGAACUUACCAACCAACUCUCCAAAAAACGGAACAUGGAGUUGGAAGUCACAAGCUCUAGGGCCCUCGCCGACUCGCUGGACCGGUGCACUGACCCGGAGAACCCAUUUUUCAACACCCUGGUCCGUAUUCUUGCCACUCGCUGCAUGACAUCCGCCGAAUACUUCUGCGCGGGAGCUCAUGCCGAAUCGGAAUUCCGCCACUAUGGAUUGGCCUCUCCCAUUUAUACCCAUUUCACCUCACCAAUUCGGCGAUAUGCUGAUCUGCUCGUUCAUCGCCAGCUGGCAUCUGCAAUUGGGUACGAAGGCGAGAAUGGCCGGGGCGCACUCGAGGGAGUCUCUACGCGCAACCGACUCGAGGACAUCUGCCGCAACAUCAACCACCGACACCGUAAUGCGCAGUUUGCGGGCCGUGCCAGCAUUGAGUACUAUGUUGGACAGGCUCUAAAGGCGCGCGGAGAGAAGAUGUCCAAGGACGGAGUCGAUGCCGGAGUCGAUGAAGAAGGAUACGUGAUGCGCGUCUUCGAGAACGGCGUGGUUGUAUUUGUGCCACGAUUCGGAAUUGAAGGUGUUGUUCGUCUCGAGGACUUUGUGCUUCCCGGGGACUCGGCUAUCCGUUCAGUCGAAGAAAGGCGGGCACUGGCAGUGCAUCGUGAAACAGACUUUGACAACGAGGAAUACACCUUGCGGGUAUUUGAGAAGGGACAUCCCGAGAAGGAAAGGGGAGUGUCCGUCGAGCUCUUCCAGAAAGUCAACGUGAACGUCAGCUCGGUGAAGGAGGAAGGUGGCCGUGGAGCUGGAAAGAGAAGAGUCAGGGUAUUGGUGACAGGAGGCACAAACUAA